AUGAAGAGCCAAUUCCUUCUCAGCGGCCUUGUCGGCCUUGUCGGCCUGGCUGGCCUCGUGAGCGCUGGUCGCAACAGCAACUCUGGCGAUGCCUUCCUGAGGCGACACAUGCCGGAAUUCUCGGCGCAGCACCUCAGCCGUCGGGCGACAACAGCCGCCGAGCCUAAGAACCAAACCGGAGAGGUUCUACCGCCGCGCUUCCGCAACAACGGCACCGAGAAAUUCUACGUCGACGGCAAGAAGCUGCCCUUGAUCAAUUGGGACGUCGGCGAGUCCUACGCAGGGAACCUCCCGAUCACGGACAAGAAGAAUGAGACGAGCGAGCUCUUCUUCUGGUUCUUCCCGACUGCGACGAAGGAGUUUGUGGAGAAGAAGGAGAUUGUCAUCUGGCUCAACGGUGGUCCCGGAUGCUCUUCGCUGCUCGGAUUCCUCGAGGAAAACGGCCCCAUUUCUUGGGGCGAGGGUAUGGAAAAGCCCAAGCGCAACCCCUUCAGCUUCCAUCUCCUGUCCAACAUUGUCUGGCUCGAGCAGCCCGUCGGCGUCGGUUUCACCAAGGGCAACGAGACCAUUUACAACGAAGACGAUAUUGCUAAGCAAUUCAUCGGCUUCUGGAAGAACUUUGUCAAGACGUUUGGCAUGGAAGGGUGGAAGGUUUACAUUGCCGGCGAGUCCUACGCCGGCAUGUACGGGCCGUAUCUCGCCAAGCACAUGCUCGACCAGGAUGACAAGACAUACUAUGACAUGAGCGGCCUGCUCGUCUGGGACGGCAUCUCCUGGGGCGAAACGCUGCAGUCGUCGCCCGUCGCAUUUCCGUACCUGGACCAGCACUACAAUCUGAUGCCCGUCGACCAGCCAAGCUUUGCCAAGCUGCGCGACCUCGACAAGUCGUGCGGCUUCGCCGAUUUCCGUGACGAGUACUUUGUGUACCCGCCCAAGGGACUGAUCCCCAAUCCGCUGCCCCAUGCCAAGGUGCACCCCAACGGAAGCUACGUCGACCAAAACUGCGCGCGGAUAUUUGAUCUUAUCUACAUCGAGGCGCUGAAGAAGAACCCUUGCUUCAACAUUUACAACAUUGUAGACCGCUGCCCGGAGCGCAACGAUCCUCUGUCCGGAAAAGACUCGUGGUUCAACCGCCGCGAUGUGCAGUCGGCCAUUCACGUCAAGCCCCAUGUCAAGUGGGCGCAGUGCAAGCAGGUGUUCCCCGAGGGCGUCGACGACCAGUCGGUGCCUGCGGGUGUAUAUGCCCUCCCGCAGGUCAUUGAGCAGACGAAGAACGUCAUCAUUGCCGAAGGAACGAGCGACUAUCUCUUGUCACUCAACGGCAUCCUCCUGGGCAUUCAGAAUAUGACCUGGGCUGGCCAGCUCGGCUUCCAACAGGCGCCGAGCGACCCCUUCUAUGUUCCUGCCUACGGCUUCGACCCCGAGCAGCUGUUCACCGAUGAAGGCGACCCCAACUUUUACGCCAACGAGCUGCCAGCAGGCUACGGCGUUAUGGGAACCACUCAUCAUGAGCGCGGCCUCUCUUUUGUGGUGUCUCAGCUUGCGGGACAUGAAGGGCCCGAGUACACCCCGUCGGCGUCUUUCCGUACUCUGGAGAAGCUCCUCGGUCGCAUCGAUAGCCUGAGCCAGGUGUCUGCCUUUACGCUACCUCAGAUCAGCAACAUCACCCAGCCCAAGGGCGAUCUGGGUAACGGCACUGUUAAGAUUCCUUGCUGGACCAGGGAUUGCUGA